AGCGAGUCCGGAGCGGCCGUUCGAGCGGAUUGCUGAAGGAACUUAAGCUUACAUAGAGAUCAAGUAUGGGUGUGAAAAGCUUGCUGUGGUUUGUGACCAAUGCCUGUCCGGGUGCAUCUACAGUGGUAAAUCUGAAAGAAAUGGCAGAAAAUCACCGCAGCAGUUACCCUGGAUCUCCUCCUAUUAUUGUGGUAGAUGCCAUGUCUUGUCUUCGACAGUGGUACACACCAGAAUCUUGGGUGUGUGGUGGCCAGUGGCGAGAAUAUCUUUCUCACCUGGAUAAGUUUAUAAAUACCUUUACUGCAGCAGGUAUCAAGCUGGUAUUCUACUUUGAUGGAGUGGUGGAACAGAAGAAACGAGAUGAAUGGGUAAAGCGGAGACUGAAAAAUAACAAAGAAAUAGCCAAGAUCUUUCAGUUCAUCAAGACUAAUAAACAGCAACCAGGCAGACAAAUGUUCUUUAUUCCAUCUGGUUUGGCUACUUUUACACGCUUUGCCUUGAAGUCCCUUGAUCAAGAGGUUGUAUGUUCAUUGCAAGAGGCAGAUUAUGAAGUGGCCACUUAUGGACUCCAAAACAAUUGCAUGGGAAUUCUUGGCGAAGAUACAGACUACCUGAUUUAUGACACAUCCCCAUAUUUUUCCAUUAAUAAACUGUGCUUGGAUAGGCUGGAAACAGUUAUGUUCUCAAGGCAAAAUCUCUGCAGCAGGUUGGGCUUACAUGUAACUGACCUUCCACUAUUUGCCUGCCUCCUUGGAACAGAUAUUGUUCCAGAAAGUGCUGUGGAAGGUUUCCGGAAUCAGUGUGUAGCUUCAUUCUGUGCUAAAAGCCAUAGGUCUGAUAAAAGGACUAACACAAUUCUGGCUGUAGCAAAUUAUAUCUCCACAAUUCCACAUUCAUAUAAUAGCUUGAGGGUUUUUGAAGAAAUGUUACCUUUGGGAUCAGACAAAUCUAUACUCACCAAAGGAAUACAGUCUUAUCUUCUGCCUGGGCAGCAGUCUCCAUGGCUUCCGUGUGACUUUUCACAUUUUCCAGCAGCAUCAGUCAAGCAAGUAAUGCCUUUGUCUCUAGAUCAGGAGAUCUUUCAGAUAGCCAAAGAACAGCAUGUACGAGCUGAAAGCUACAUGGUGUAUAAUGUCCUGAGUGGUGGAGAGGUUGAGUGCAGCAACACAUUGGAAGAUGAAUACGAUACUGAGCUCCCUGGACAGGCGCAUAUCUACUGCCUUGCUCGUCAGCAUAUCUAUUCUGUCCUAUUGGAGUCUGGAAGAGAUAUCCAUGGAGCUUUUCCUAUAGUAAAGGAGUGGUUUGUAUGUGCCGGGAAUUCCCUGCAGCAGCCAGAUCUGAUACAGCCCAGACAACUCCCAGGUGGCACUCCUAGUCUGAGAACACUUUGGCUCAGCAGGGAACCAGAGGCUGAAAAGCUCCGCUGUUGCACAUUUGUGGCCUGUUUUCAGCUUCAAGAUGUAGCAGAGGAGCUCCAGGCUCUGCAAGCUUCUGUUACUGCUGUCUGUUCCUUGUUGAUAUACCUUGCUUUACAGGUGGACACCCUCUCUGUUGAAGAUCUGAAUGCAUUUGUAGCUCAGACUCUGUGCCUUGAGGGGAAGUCAGCUGCUCAUCUUGCAGAUUUGCAGCUUGCCCAAAUUGAUUCAAGAGCCGUACAGCUUAGUUCUCUCUUCAUCCGUGGCCUGUCCAUGUUGAUUAUGGCCAAUAGUGCCUGUGGUUUCCCCUACAGAAUGGACGAUUUAAUGCCAUGGCACCUGUUUGAUGGGAAACUCUUUCAAGAGAAAUACCAGCAGGCUCACAGAGGAUGGCCUUUACAUGAGAUUUUGGAAGGCAAUGAAUCUUGGCUCUCAGAGUUUCAGAAUCGGAUGUCUCUUAUUUGCAAAGUAUGCUCAGCAAAAGGUAGAAAAAUCCAGAGUAGACAAAGAGAGAACAGUUUUGUGCCAGCAUCAAGUGGAAGAAAUUAUUUUUCAGAGAGAAGAGGAAGGGGAGGGGCUUCUCGCUUUCAGAACCCAGAUAGGAUUCCAUCUCAUCCGUAUCACCUUCCAGACCAGGGAUGCUCAUGGAGAGGUCCUCAGACACCUGCUUUUUCAUCUGAAUUCCAAAUUCCUGGUCCUAGGUACAGGUCAAGACACCAACCUCUAAGGGGACAAAGAUUCCAGCUUGAGCCUCGAUGGCCCAGAUGACUUUCUACCUGAACAGAACUAAACAGAAAGAGUAGAUUGCAAGACCCUUUGAUAAUGUAUGGUAAUAAAUCAUCAAAAUCAAUUGACUUUUUUGUA